AUUUCCUUCCCUUUCUUCCUCCUCCUCUCCUCAGCCCGUGCUGGCCGUGCAUGCCUGGCUAAUGGCCAUAUGCUCGCACCUUUUCCCCCUCCCGAGCCUCAAACCCUCGACCCCGAGAUUUGCAGCAUAGAUUAAGCUUAGCGCCCUGGGUUCGCGCGAGCAGGCCAGCCGAGGGGGAGUCGCCAUUAGUAGAAGCACUAAACAAAGCAGAGAGAGAGGAGAGAGGGCGAGGAUAAAAGGGGAGGGGGGGCUCCAGCGAGCGAAAGCGGACGAGGCAUAGCGGAUCAGCAAGCCCGCAGUCUCUCGCUCUCGCCCUCCUCGCCGCAACCGGACACGCCAUUUUCUUUCUUUUCCUCCGCCCUCCUCUCCUUUUCUGCUGGCUGGCUGUCUGUUGCAUUGCACACCGACCAGUACGCCCCCCCGCGCCGCAUACAUACAAGCCGCACAACACCACUCUAGCCCCAACUCCCUCCCAGCAGUAGCGGUAGCAGCACCAGUAGCCUUUCACUUCAGUAACCCCCACAGGCCUCCGGUGAUUCGGUUCGGGGAUACCCGAGCAAGCUCCUCGCCGUCGUGAGCAGCGGCAUUGCUUCCUCGGUUCGGCUGCGCGCUUCUCGGUCGAGGCCGAGCCGGAUUCGUGCGUGAUCCCCGGCAGCCGAGAUUGGCGGCGGCGCGCCGGCUGGUUCCCCUCUUGCUGCCCGAUUCGGUCCGAGAUUUGGGCGACUUCCCCUGUUCGGAGUCCAGGAUUCCGUGCAACGGAGAGGCAAAUCGGUUCCAGAUUUGAGGAGCUUUCCUUGCGCAGCCACACCACCUUCCAUACCAGGCCACAGAGAGGAGAGGAGGGGAGAGAGUCGGAGGCGGCGUCAGUCAGGCGCGGAUAAAUUCGAUCCUGCUGCUUCAGGUUCAGCGCCCUCCGGCUUGCUAUGAGACAAUGAGGGAGGAGAUUAACAAGAAAAGCAAGGUCUCCUGGUCCAAAUCCCUCGUCAGGAAGUGGUUCAACAUCAAGGGCAAGGCGCAGGAUUUCCACGCGGAUUACGACGCCACCACCCAAGGACGGGAUGGUGGUGAUGAACGGAGGACCAGCUGCUCGCAGAGGGACGCAGGCGCUGCCAAGAAAAGCAGAACUGAUCGGUCGUUGAAGCGGAAUGUCGAUCGCGUUCGUAGAUCAAGGAAUGAAUUUGAUGUGUCACGCCUGACGGAAGCUCAAGAUUACAGAAUCUUUGCCUCGACGUGGAAUGUUGGUGGUAAAUGCCCAUCAAGGGGGUUAGAUUUAGAUGACUGGCUCCACUCUUCACCUCCUGCUGAUAUCUAUGUGCUUGGAUUUCAAGAAAUUGUUCCUUUGAAUGCUGGAAAUGUUCUUGGUACCGAAGACAAUGUUCCAGCAAAGAAGUGGGUAUCACUUAUUAGGAGGACACUGAACAAGAACCCUGAGCCUAGCAGUCAUGGUGGCUAUCGCACGCCAUCCCCUGUCCCUGAUCCGGUUGUGGAACUAGAUGCUGAUUUUGAGGGAUCAUUGAGAAGACAGGAUAGCUCAUCAUUUUUCCACCGGCGAUCAUUCCAGAACCUUAGUCGGAGUUUAAGGGUUUCAGGAAAUGAUAUGUUCUCACAACCAAGAUUGGACCGUAGGUUUAGUGUGUGUGACCCAGUUAACAUUGGAGGCCGACCAAGUGAUUUUGAUGGAAAUUUCCAGUGUAUCGGAUCACCAGGCGAUGAAUAUAUGGACGAGGAUACAAGUAAUGGAGCAUAUUUUUCACCAUUCCCAUAUGGCUAUGGUACUUCAACACCUAUGGAAGAAGAUGAUGAGCAACCAAAUACUUCUAGGUAUUGUUUGGUUGCCAGCAAACAGAUGGUUGGUAUAUUUCUCACAGUUUGGGUACGCAGUGAAAUCAGAAAUGAUAUUAGAAACCUGAAAGUUUCCUGUGUAGGUAGAGGAUUAAUGGGUUAUCUUGGAAAUAAGGGUUCUAUAUCAAUAAGCAUGUCUUUGCAUCAUACAACCUUCUGUUUUGUCUGUUGUCAUUUGACCUCUGGCGAAAAGGAGGGAGAUGAAUUGCGCAGAAAUUCUGAUGUCAUGGAGAUCUUGAGGAAGACAAGGUUUCCUCGUGUCCGCGGAUGUGGUGAUGUGAAGUCACCAGAAACAAUUCUUGAGCAUGACCGUAUCUUAUGGCUUGGUGAUUUGAAUUACCGGAUUUCUCUUCCAUACUCGUCAGCAAAAGUUCUGGUUGAAACACAUAACUGGAGGCAACUCUUGGAGAGAGAUCAGCUUCGUAUAGAACGGAGAUGCGGACAUGUUUUCCCGGGAUGGAAAGAAGGAAGGAUUUAUUUUCCUCCAACAUAUAAAUACUCUUUCAACUCAGACCGGUAUUCUGGUUAUGGUGUGCGUCCCAAGGAAAAGAGGCGAACGCCAGCUUGGUGUGAUCGUAUUUUGUGGCAUGGUACCGGCCUCAUUCAGUUAUCAUAUGUCCGAGGAGAAUCACGCUUCUCCGACCACAGACCAGUGUACAGUAUUUUCAUGGCGGAGGUUGAAAUUCUCCAACAGAGGAGAAGAAAUAUGGGCUAUUUCAGCUCUAGAGUUGAGGUGGAAGAGCUGUUGCCAUAUUCUCACAGCCAUGGAAACUUAAAGUUCUACUAGUUCUCCAUGCUAUAAGCUGACCGGUCCUCACCGAUGAAUAACUUGGUUGCAAGAUCUGUUGGAUGACCAGAUGUGAAUGUGCAAUAUUUUUCCAUCUGUUUUUCGUAACAUUUUAGUAACUGCCGAGAUGUAAAGCCUAGGAGAGAUGCGUGGGGAACAUUAUAGCUGCAAAAACUAACAUAGAGGAUAGUUGGGCAUUUUUGCAACUAACAAUUUGCCCGUGGCGUAGAACGGCUUUGUUCAUCGGAAGAAUCGGCCAGCUCACAUCACUGACUAUACAACUCAACCAGCUCUCGCCUUCCAGUCCAUUCCCCCCUUUGUUUGGAGGAGAGGCAUCAGCAAGCUCCAAUCAUCACCUUUUUUCUUCUUCUCCCCUUUUUCUCCUUUGGAAACCCUGUAAAUUAAUCAAGCUGGCGGCCAGUGUAUGUAUGUAGGAUCGGCAUGAGGUGUAGAAUCAUUGCAGUUCGGCGGAGGGAAUGAUACUUGGAUUGGACCAACAAAAUUAGUUGUUAGUUUUUCCGGAUGAUGAUAUUUUCUGGUGUGAGGGGGGAAUGAUAUGUGUUGAUGUGACU